UGCUGGCUGAGAAACUCUAAUAACUCCUUGAAGAGCAAAGAAACAGCUUAUAUUAUUGUCUUAUUUCUCCUGAUCUCGUCUUGAUGAAACUGUUUGCUUCUGAUAGUUGUUGCAUUCAUUUCCGUAACAUUUGCAACUUCCAAGUUCUUGUGCCUUCUUUUACAGCUCGUACUCUUGUCAAGACGACAAUGGUGGCAACGAUGAUAUCGGUAUCUGCAGUAGUGUUGCUGCUCUUAGCCUUUCUUAUGUACUGCCUUCGGCUGGUGAGGAAAAGAGAUAGAAGAGGGCGUAAUCAUCUAUUUGGUGUUGCCACAAGCUCAACAUAUUUCAAUGAAAUUCCAGGUCUGGAAGUCCUCGACAGCAAAGGUAGGCGAAAAAUAGAUAUACCGGUCUUUGAUUUUGAAACUGUAGCUGCAGCCACAAGCAAUUUUUCCUUUGCCAAUAAGCUUGGCCAAGGCGGUUUUGGAUCUGUAUAUAAGGUAAUUAAUCUCCCUAUUCAACUGAAUCCAAAUGGUGAUUGGAUAUUAAUAUGUAUAUUCUUCCAACUUCAAUUGUCUGUCCCUUAUGGGGAAUGAUGUCCUUGAAUAAAAUGCUCGGAAGGGAACCAGUUUUAUUGUAAAGGACUGUUUUGCUAUUUUGAAAUUCUCGAAAGGUAUUGUGAUCUGAUUACUUCCACUAUAUAUAUGGAGGUGCAUCUUGUGUCGACUCUUAUCUACCCGUCGUCACAAACACAUGAAGAAAACAUCCUCCCGGGAAGUUUACUCAUAGCAGCUUUUGAGCCACUGGCUUCACACGACAGGUCUAAAUAUUUAUUCCUGUGAUGUGUUCAUUUUCACAGGGUGUUAUGAAUGACGGAACAGAAAUAGCAGUUAAAAGGCUCUCAAAAUAUUCUGGACAAGGAAACGAAGAGUUCAAAAAUGAAGUCAGGUUGAUUGCCAAGCUCCAACACCGGAAUCUGGUGAAAAUCUUAGGUUGCUGCAUUCGAGAAGACGAAAAAUUGUUAAUUUAUGAGUAUUUACCC